AGUAGCAGUAGCAGCCAUCUCGAUUCCGUUCAUUCGACUAGUAGAUUCCUUCUUCAGAUGGCAGGUGGUAGUAAGUUUGGAUUAUUGUUAGCAGGAGCGGUGGCGGUCGGAGCAGCUGCGGCAGUGUUGAAGAUCAAAGGACCAUCGGUAUGGGACAAAGACGCAGUCGUCGAACUCUUCAGACACAUGUCCGAUCGAUUGGGUAAUUGGGCGAUUCCAGUUUAUGUCGGGAUCCACACCAUCUCCCUCUCUCUAUGUCUUCCCUACGCUGUCUUCUUCGAAGCUGGUGCUUCUCUCCUCUUCGGAUUCUUUCCAGCCUUGCUCUGUGUCUUCUCCGCCAAAGUUAUGGGCGCUUCCCUCUCCUUCUGGAUCGGAAGGAUUCUUUUUAGGCGCUCUAGUUCGGCAGUAGCGUGGGCCCAUGGAAACAAAUAUUUUCAUGUGCUGUUAAGGGGAGUGGAACGUGAUGGUUGGAAGUUUGUUCUACUUGCCCGAUUUUCCCCCAUUCCAUCAUAUGUCAUUAAUUACGCAUUAGCCGCCACAAAUGUCCAAUUUUUAAGGGAUUUUCUAGCGCCAACUGUCCUAGGGUGCCUACCCAUGAUCUUACAAAACACAUCCAUCGGUAGCCUUGCUGGCGCAGCCGUGGCGUCCACCUCAGCAUCUCAAUCUGACAAGUCAAAGAUCUGGUCAUACGUGUUCCCAAUGCUUGGUAUUUCAUCUAGCAUUCUCAUCUCCUUAAGAAUCAAAAAGUACUCUUCAAGUAUAUCACUUGAUGUCAAACCUGAGGAGAAGACAAGAUGACAAACCAGAUGUUAAGCGAGUGUGGGGGAGGGGGAUAUGUGAACUUUUUAUUAACAGACGCUAAUCUUGUAUGUUAUUGGAAAGAAUUAAGUAAUUAAUGGUAUUUAGUUUUUUUUA